AUGAGCGCGCCGUGGCACGACUCCAAGUUCGUGCGCCCCUACAUCGGCAAGCUCUCCCCUGGAUGCAUGGACCUGCUGGACCGCACGUUGGCGGUGGACCCACGGCGCCGCAUCUCGCUGGGCGAGAUCUCGGCCCACCCCUGGCUGGCGGCCCCGCUGGCCGAGCCCUACGCGGGCGCGUGGGAGGCUUGCGUGGCCGCGCAGCGCGCGGCCCGCGAGCGCAUGGCGCGUCUGCCCCACGACCCCGAGGCGGUCAUGGCGCGUAACGGCCGCGUGUUUGCGCUGGUGCAGGAGGCCGGGCGUGGCGGCGACGCAGGGACCAGCCACGAGCGCCUGGCCACGCUGCCGGCGCUGCCCAUGGUGGACGCGGCCUCCAUGCCCCACGUCGUGCGCGUCGACAUGCGCCCCGAGGCCGUACGUGCACGCGCGGCCUCCGCCCGCGUGCGCAGCCUGCUGGACGUAGACCCCGACGGCGAGGGCGCCGAGGGGGGCGAGCCCGCCGCCGCGCCCGCGCCGCCGCCCAGGAAGUUCCGGGACACCGCGCCGGGGGUGGCGACCAAGACGCCGCCGUCCACCCCGCUGGCGGGGGCAGAGGAUGGAGGGAGUGGGGCCGCGAAGCCGUCGCCCUUUGCCACCACGGGCGGGGCCGAGGGGGCGCAUGCGGUGUGA